AUGGACCGCGACCUGGAGGCAGAGGCCAACGAAGCAUCGACUCAAAAUGAGGAGGGUGGCGGCCCCGGUUGGGGCGGUGGUGGACGCGGAGGUGGAUGGGGAGGAGGAGGACGGGGUGGAGGCGGUUGGGGAGGCGGCGGCCGUGGAGGAGGAUGGGGUGGAGGUCGUGGAGGAGGAUGGGGUGGAGGUCGUGGAGGAAGAGGAUGGUAG